AUGUCAGGGGAGGAUGGAGAGCCUGGAAGAGAGGAGGGUAACACUGGGAGAAAAGGAGGCAAAGGGCACAAGGGUGACAUGGGGCUGAAAGGAUACACUGGAUUACAAGGCCUGAACGGACCAAGGGGAGUUGCUGGGAAACGAGGUCGAACAGGUAUUAAAGGUGACCAAGGGCCCCCUGGCAGGCAUGGACACACUGGCAUCGUGGGCAGACCGGGGAUGAUGGGGCUCCAUGGAGAACCAGGAAGAGUACAAUGGAUACCUGGGCCCGAAGGGGAUCAGGGUGUGGAUGGGAUUGAUGCACCGUGUAACUGCUCCGGGGUCCACACAUCGGAGCAGCCAUUUCCACAACUGCCACAGUCUACAGGAGUUGUAUCUCAAAUUUAUAUUGCAGCGGAUGAAAAGGAAAUGUCAGAUUUACAGUCAGAGAACGCUAUGGUCUUGAGGAGGGACCUCCGGACAUUAUUCAUCUUCAGCGAUUCUAAAUGGAAAACCAUUCGGGUGCUACCAAAACCAAAGGAGACCUUAUAAACCAAACCUCCACUAAUUCAUUGUCAAGCACAUGCGACAACAGGAAAGGCACAUUUGCUGUCCAGUUCUACAAGAGAAAAUAAGCUACACCCUGCAGAAUGGCUACCUCACCCUCUCAAUAGCUACAAUAGCA